AUGGCUGAUGCUAAUGCAGAAUGCAAUAUCAAGGUGUUGUGUCGAUUUCGUCCUCUGAACAAGUCCGAAAUUAUCCGCGGAGAUAAAUUCAUCCCAGUAUUUCAGGGAGAAGACACUGUCAUCCUGGGGGGGAAGUCAUACGUGUUUGACCAGGUGUUUCCUACGAACACCACCCAGAUACAGGUCUACAACACAUGCGCCAAGCAGAUUGUCAAAGAUGUUUUGGGUGGAUACAAUGGGACUAUAUUUGCCUAUGGGCAGACGUCCUCUGGAAAAACACACACCAUGGAGGGGAACCUUCAUGAUCCCCAGGGAAUGGGAAUCAUCCCCCGGAUCGCAGAGGACAUUUUUGAACAUAUAUUUGCUAUGGAUGAGAACCUAGAAUUUCACAUAAAGGUCUCCUAUUUCGAGAUCUAUAUGGAUAAGAUACGAGACCUGCUGGAUGUGACCAAAACCAACUUGUCGGUGCAUGAAGACAAACACAGAGUUCCUUACGUGAAGGGCUGCACGGAGCGCUUUGUGACGAGUCCCGAGGAAGUGAUGGAUGUGAUAGAUGAAGGGAAGGCUAGCCGUCACGUUGCUGUCACCAACAUGAAUGAGCACAGUUCCCGCAGCCACAGCAUCUUCCUGAUAAACAUCAAACAAGAAAACGUGGAGACAGAGCAGAAGCUGUGUGGGAAGCUGUACCUGGUCGACCUCGCUGGGAGUGAGAAGGUCAGUAAGACAGGUGCAGAGGGAGCAGUGCUCGAUGAGGCCAAGAACAUCAACAGGUCUCUGUCGGCGCUGGGGAACGUCAUCUCAGCCUUGGCCGAGGGAACGAAAUCUCACGUGCCGUACCGUGACAGCAAAAUGACUCGCAUCUUACAGGACUCACUGGGCGGGAACUGUCGCACCACCAUGUUCAUCUGUUGCUCUCCGUCCAGCUACAAUGAUGUGGAGACCAAAUCCACCCUGAUGUUUGGCCAACGAGCCAAGACCAUCAGAAAUACUGUAUCUGUGAACCUUGAGCUCACAGCAGAGCAGUGGAAGAAGAAGUAUGAAAAGGAAAAGGAGAAGAACAGGUUAUUGAAGGAGACUGUUCAGAGACUGGAGACUGAGCUCAACUGCUGGAAGAAUGGUGAGGCUGUCGAGUUAGAGCAACUGAGCCCUGAAGACAUCCCCCUGGUUCCUCCUGAAUCUGAGGAGCCCGUUCCAGACAUAUGCACCCCCUGCAGUCCCUGCACCCCCUGCAGCCCCUGCUCUGUUGCCUCUUCCAUUGUGGUUCACAUCUCUGAGGAGGAGCGGCAGAAAUAUGAGGCGGAGAUCCGCAAGCUUUACAAACAGAUGGAUGAUAAGGAUGAUGAGAUCAAUCACCAGAGCCAGAUGGUGGAGAAACUGAAGGAGCAGAUGCUCGACCAGGAGGAGCUUCUGGCAUCCUCCAGGGGUGACAGCGAGAAGGUGCAGUCAGACCUCGGCAGGCUGCAGACGGAGAAUCAAUCCGCCAAGGCCGAGGUGAAAGAAGUCCUCCAGGCUCUGGAGGAGCUGGCAGUGAACUACGACCAGAGGAGCCUGGAGGUCGAGGAGAGGAGCGUGCAGAAGAAGCUGCUGGCUGAAGAGCUGGCCAAGAAAGUGGCUCAACUCAAGGCUGUAGAAGCAGAGCUGUCUCGCAUCCAGGAAGUGAGCAGCCAUCAAAGGAAACGCAUCACUGAGAUUCUCAACAGCCUGAUGAGGGACCUGAGUGAGUUCAGCACCAUCGUUGGGAACAGGGACAUCAAGCUGCCCGUGGAGAUCACCGGUUCAAUCGAAGAGGAGUUCACAGUGGCCCGCCUCUACAUCAGUAAGAUCAAGUCUGAGGUGAAGUCCAUGCUGAAACGCUGCCGUCAUCUGGAGAGCCACCAGAUGGAGUGUCACCGCAAGAUGGAGGAGACAGGCAGAGAGCUGUCCUCCUGUCAGCUUCUCAUUUCACAGCACGAGGCAAAGAUCCGCUCUCUGACGGACUACAUGCAGAAUGUGGAGCUGAAGAAGAGGAAGUUGGAAGACAGCUAUGACUCUCUGAGUGAAGAGCUGGCCAAACUCCAAGCUCAAGAGAGCAUGGCACUGGUCACCAGCGGCGAGAAUCACUCUUCUGUCCAGGAUUCCUGUGAUAUAAAGAGGGCUCUGGAGCAGCAGAUGGAGUCACAUCGUGAGUCGCACAGCAAACAGCUCGGUCGCCUGCGAGAUGAGAUCAAUGAGAACCAGAAGAUCAUCGACGACUUAACUGAUUGUAACCAGAAGCAGGAGCUGGAGUUGGAGCAACUGCAUUACGACUUUCAACAUCUCAGGAGUCAAGAACAUCACAAGAGCCGGCAGCUGGAGGAACUGACAUUUCUCCAUGAGCGACAUGAGCAGUCCAAGCGGGACCUCAAAGGGCUGGAAGACACGGUUGCUCGUGAGCUCUACACCCUGCACAACCUCCGCAAGCUUUUCGUUCAAGACCUCACGACCCGAGUUAGAAAAAGUGCACAGUUGGAGCUUGAUGAGAGAGGGGGAUAUAUCAGUCAGAAACAGAAGAUUUCCUUUCUUGAAAACAACCUCGACCAGCUUACAAAAGUUCACAAACAGCUGGUGCGUGACAAUGCAGAUCUUCGCUGUGAGCUUCCAAAACUGGAGAAACGUCUUCGGUCUACAGCUGAGCGAGUCAAGGCUCUGGAGGUCGCGCUGAAGGAGGCGAAGGAAGGAGCCAUGAAGGACCGCCACCGCUACCAGCAGGAGGUGGAGCGCAUCAAGGAUGUGAUGAGGGUCCGCAAUCCCUUCCGCCGAUCCCAUGCUGCACAAAUAGCCAAGCCUGUGCGUGCCGGCCACUCGUGCUCUCCCACCAACCCCUUCUACAUCCGAGGCUACAGCGAUCACCCCGUUGCCUUCUAUAAAGCUGACUUCCACAACAGCAACAUGAAACAAGAAGCUGCUCCUGCUGCUCCUGCUACACCAGAGAGUGAGCCCAGGUUACCUGAGGCCAACUCCAAACAGAGCAGCCCCACCAAACACCCCCACCCCCAGGUCGACGACUCACACGACAACGAAGCUCAGGACAGCGACUCACACGACAACGAAGCUCAGGACAGCGACUCACACGACAACGAAGCUCAGGACAGCGACUCACAUGAAAACGAAGCUCAGGACAGCGACUCACACGACAACGGACCUCAGGACAGCGACUCACAUGACAACGGACCUCAGGACAGCGGCGCUCAGGACAACGGACCUCAGGACAGCGGCGCUCAGGACAACAUGCUUCCUGCUGAACCUCAGAGUCGAGCAGACAAGAACACGGCAGAGAUGCUCGAUUCAGAAAACGGAAACACCACAGAUAUAAAUGACAACAGAACGGACGUCUGCGACAAUCAGGAUUCAGCCAAACUCUACGGCCUGCAUCCCGAGGCCGCGACCAGCUAAUAGUCCUGAGCAGGCAGAUGCUUUUUCUGAGGCCUCCUCUGUAAAUCUGCAUGCAGCUGAUCACUGUCCGCCCCUCCUCUCCUUCCCCUCUUCUCCUCACCUGCUGUAAACAGACCUUUAUCUCUCCUGUGUCCCCUGUCCUUCCCCUGCUUGCUCAUCCUUUUCCUUCUUGUACAAUGAUGUGGGGUGUAUGUGGGUAUCAGUAAGAUCUGUGGCACUGCGUCUCAAAUGCCUGACCUGGCAGCUUACAAUAAUAAAUAUUGCUGCACACGCUCCCUUGUGAAAAGGGGCCACAGAGAAGAGAAGGUGCAGUGCUGUAGGUAACCACUAGUGUGUGCUGUUUGUCUCAGUGACGGUAUUACGGUGGACAUAAAACCAGGACAACUGUAAGCUAAUGUUUGUCAUUAUUACCAUUCUAAAACAUGCAUAUGGAGCUGAAAACUCCAUGAUGUACAACAUGAAAACAGUGAACCUCAAGCUCACGUCACUAAUAUUUACACUUUUUGACUGCAUGUUGUUUUUUGAUGUUGGUCUUUGGCUUUUCUUGGGAAUUACAUGCAAUAGGAAGAGAGCAAGUGAGGGUACAUAUUACCAUGAAAUGUCUAAAUUCAGUCAUUAAGUCAAGUUAAAAUGGGCAUUCUUAAAUGUAUUUUGUUUAAUAUAUAAGGGUGAUGUAAUAAAAAAAAUAUAUUGUCAACAAACCUCGUAAAUAGACCAAAAAGCAACAGUUGUUAAUUCUGUCUGAGUAUUUUAUUACCUGCCGAGCCUGUCUGUGGCUUUCAGUCUUAAGCCUACUGAAGAAUACGUAAAUCCUUUAAAAAUAGGCCCAGAAAAUAUUGUUGCAUUCGUAGUAAAAGGCUUAAUUAUUUUCUUAAAACUACUAACCACUGUAUUAUUUAGGAAACACUCCUAAAAUAGAAAUAAACUAGCAGCCGUAGAAUAAUAUAGUGUUGUGUGAGUUUUUACAGCAGCAGGAUGGUGUAUGUGGGAUUGAUUGCUGUAAAUGGCAGUGCCCUUUACAUGGUAAUGAGGAAAUAUGUUAUCCAAUGCAGCUGUGUUUCUCAUUGGUGUGUUUUGAAACAAAGGAAGUCCUUUGCACAGAGGAAGCAGCUACUGUAUAUCAGGCUUAACAGUAGAUUCCUGUUUCUACUAAUCACUAAUUUCUAUACUUAUUGCUGUUUUUUGUCUUUUGGUAUAUUUGUUGACAAUUAGAAAAUAUGGAAUAUCACCGCACUUAUCAUUUAGAAUAAAACUUUUGGACAUUUGGGAGAAAUACCAAAUAAUAAUUUCACCAGGCUGGUUACUAUACUGUACUUUUUGAAAACAGUAGUCAUAGGAGCAAUAUAUAAUACUUUAUGACAUGUAGGUAGACCAACACACACUAAACUAAACACAUGAACACCUGCCACAGUUUAAACUUGGCGAGGCCUUAAUUUAGACAGUAGACAAUUUCCCACAUUAGUCCUUUUGUACUCAAAUAAACAAAGGAAAAUUAAGUGUAUGCUGGAUAUACAGUCUUUAUCUCCUCAAGACUCUUCAAGACUCUAUAGUUUUGUAUUUUGGUACCCUUUGAGGAUACAUUUCAGAUACUUACAUUCCAUAUUACACGGUGUUUUCCUCUAGUUCAAUAAAGAAACAACUGUCAGCCAAAAAGUGUGUAUCUCAAUAAAGUAGCAAAUAUAUCACACUUUUUGUAAGCACUUAUCAACGUAAGGCUUGAUGGCUCUGGUAGUAGUGCUAUCUCACCAAGAAAUGAUGGUCAAUAAGGUACUAGGUUAAGAUUGUCUAAAAUAAAAAUGUUCACGUUUUCAGUGGUUAAUGUAAGUCGUCACCGCAUGUUGGACUGUUGGUACACUGCACUGGUUUCCCGGAAAAGCAACUUAAAUAAAAAAGUUAAUUUUAAAACA